UGCUCUCGCCCCCCGCCAUCUUGCCGUGACGGUGGGGGCUGGAGCCGGAGGCGCUGCCGGAGUGGGCGUGAUGUUUUUAACAACAGUAUUGCUCCGCAAGAGAAUUCCUGGAAAACAAUGGAUCGGAAAGUACAGGCGCCCCAGAGUGGUUACCCUUUCCAUGAAGCAAGCCAUGAUCCGAAGGCUGGAAAUUGAGGCAGAGAAUGAAUAUUGGCUGAGUCGACCUUACCUGACACGCCAACAGGAGCACAAACACAAUGCAGAAGGGAGACAAGCAAGAUGGGAAGCUUUCAAAAGCCGGAUGAUGGCCAAGUUCCCUGAGCAUAGAUACAUCAGUGAUGAUUUGAACCACUUAAAUGUGACAAAAAGGUGGACAUCUUGAAUAAUACAGCAUAUUUUUUGUGUGUAUUACACACUACAGUGGGAUCUACUGUUGUACCUAUUACGGUAGUUUUGUAACUGAAUAUAGCAAUGGUGGAUGACAAAUGAGACUGCUACAGUAUAUAAGAUCUUCCAUUAAAAGUAGUCCUACAGAACAAGUAUAUGUUUUCUUGUUACUGUCUC